AUGACAGCAAUAUUUGCGGUAUGUUGUGGUAGACAUAAGGAUGAGCAGACAAAAAUCAUUGAGAAGCAACUUCAAAAAGAGGCAAAACACCUUCGUCGACAGGUGAAAAUUUUACUGUUGGGCUCAGGAGAAUCCGGAAAAUCAACAUUUAUCAAACAAAUGGUUAUCAUAAAUGGUCGAGGUGAAUUCACUGCUGAUGAAGUGCGAGCAUAUCGACAGCAAAUCUAUCAGAUUAGCAAUUUGAUGAAUUUUAAACUAGGCUAUACUAGUAAAUUGUAUAAGCUAGAAGUGUUGUGUAUAAAAAUAAGACCAUAA